GGCGGCGGUGCGGGGCGCGGGGCGCGGGGCGCGGGCAGCAUGGAGGAGCUGAGCAGCGUGGGCGAGCAGGUCUUCGCCGCCGAGUGCAUCCUGAGCAAGCGGCUCCGCAAGGGCAAGCUGGAGUACCUGGUCAAGUGGCGCGGCUGGUCCUCCAAACACAACAGCUGGGAGCCAGAGGAAAAUAUCCUGGACCCAAGGCUGCUCCUGGCCUUCCAGAAGAAGGAACACGAGAAGGAGGUGCAGAACCGGAAGAGAGGCAAGCGGCCCAGGGGCAGGCCAAGGAAGCACACGGUGAUGUCCUGCAGCCGGCACUCCAAACUCAAGGAACCCGACGCUCCCUCCAAAUCCAGCAGCUCCUCCUCUUCCUCCACGUCUUCUUCCACUUCCUCAGAUGAAGAGGACGACAGUGAUUUAGAUGCCAAGAGGGGUCCCCGGGGCCGCGAGACCCACCCAGUGCCUCAGAAGAAGGCCCAGAUCUUGGUGGCCAAACCGGAAUUGAAGGACCCCAUCCGGAAAAAGCGAGGCCGCAAGCCCCUGCCCCCAGAGCAGAAGGCGGCCCGGAGACCCGUGAGCCUGGCCAAGGUGCUGAAGACUGCCCGGAAGGACCUGGGGGCGCCGGCCAGCAAGCUGCCCCCACCGCUCAGCGCCCCCGUGGCAGGCCUGGCAGCCCUGAAGGCCCACGCCAAGGAGGCGUGCAGUGGCCCCGGUGCCAUGGCCACCCCGGAGAACCUGGCCAGCCUGAUGAAGGGCAUGGCCGGCAGCCCCAGCCGGGGCGGCAUCAGCUGGCAGAGCUCCAUCGUGCACUACAUGAACCGAAUGAGCCAGAGCCAGGCCCAGGCUGCCAGCAGACUGGCGCUCAAGGCCCAGACCGCCGGCAAGUGCGGCCUCGGGCUGGACCUCAAGGUGAGGACGCAGAAGGGGGAGCUGGGGUUAAGCUCCCCAGGAAGCAAAGUCCCAAAGGCCCCCAGCAGUGGGGCUGUGGAGCAGAAAGUGGGAGGCGCAGGGGGGCCCCCCUACAUCCACAGUAUCAGCAAGGGCCCUGCUGGGUGCCUGGGCCCCCAGCCUGCACCCACCCAGGAGCUGAGCCUCCAGGUCUUGGACUUACAGAGUGUCAAGAACGGCACAGCUGGGGUGGGCAUGGUUGCCCGCCAUGCCACGGCCAGCAAGGGUGUCCCUGCCACCAACCCAACCACCGGGAAGAGCGCUGGGGGUGGCCUCGCCGGGGGGAGUGGGGCCACCGUGCCCUCCGACACUAGCAAGAGUGAGAAGCUGGCUUCCCGGGUGGCAGCUCUGCCCACUUCUGCAGGCAAGAGGGACUGUAUGAAGGGCAGCGCGGCCCCCAGCAGUCAGGAGGGCCAUACAGCCCCCGGCGACGCCCGCAAGUUGGCCUUGCCUUCAGAGCUGAGCGCUGGCGAGGAGAGUAGCUCCGACUCAGACCCCGGCUCCGCCUCGCCACCCGGCGCCAGACAAAACCCAUCAGUGUCGGUUCAGACCAGCCAGGACUGGAAGCCCACCCGCAGCCUCAUUGAGCACGUCUUCGUCACCGACGUCACUGCCAACCUCAUCACGGUCACGGUGAAGGAGUCCCCUACCAGUGUGGGCUUCUUCAACCUGAGACAUUACUGACACCCUGUGGCCACCCGGCUGCCUGGCUCUGGCCUCUGGCUUUGCUUUGAUAACUGCCCUGCACCCCAGGCCCUUUCCAGGGGCCGGGUGGCAUCCAAGGGCAGGCUCGGAGGGGACUUGCCCUGGCCCUGCCUGUGAUUUCAGGUGGGACAGUACCUUGAUGCCUUGCCGAGGCCUGGCCUUGCCCUCGUUCCUACCUCUGGGCCUUUGCUUCACUUCCCACAUGCCUCAGGAAGUCCUCCUCCUGUGUCUCUGGCCUGAAGUUCCUCAAGGCCGUCAGGUUUGCUGUUUGAUCUGCCCUGCCUGCCCUGCAGCGACAGGGUGGUGGUCAGCUCUGCUCUGGAUUUCCAGGGGGCACGGCUCGUAGAGGAGGGAUCCAGGCUGGUAGUCCCUGCCCAGCAGUGGGAUGGGGGCAGGGCAAGGCCUUGACCUCUCUAGGGCUCAAGUUAGGUUUUUACAAGAGGGCCUGGGGUGGGGGGCAAGUAAGGGGCCUCGCCAGUCAGAGCUCCCCUUUAGGACAGUGCCCGACGGCUGAGGACUGGGGGCCUGGAUGGAGGAGGACCGGUGCUGGCUGGUGGGGUGCUCAGUGCCCUGUAACCCUGGUUCCGGUUAACAACUGCAGCGCCCCUGGGGUUGCCCUGGGAGUCACAGACUGGGAAGGGCUGGUCCCAGAGCUGUUUCACCUGGAGCCUCCACGUUUGGGGGGGGGAGAGGGGGCAGAAGC